AUGAAAGUCAGUUUGGUCGUGCUCAUUGGGCUGCUGCAGCUCCUCACGGUGGUGGUAGCGAUACCGCGUCGCGGCAAUGAACCGUGGUCGCUGAUCCUCUGCAAAUUCAAGGAUAGCGAAUUCGAGCCACGAUCGGCGGAAUGGUUUGCCGAAUGGAUCUCAGGAGGGAAUAAUCCAGGUAUGUACAUAAUUCAUCAAUAUGGAUGCGACUACGGUCAACUUCCCGAAAGUAACCAGAAAAAUGUGAUAGGAAAAUCACUAGUCACACUCCGCCCUCUUGCAAGGGUCUUAGCAAAGUGCCAUAUGCGAAAGCAGAUCUCAAUCUUCCCUCAAUCUCGAGGUGUGCUGCUUCUGAAUACAAUUGAAAGCUACUUCUCAUCGGUGUCGAAUGCUGUCUACACGAUUAAAGGCUCCAAUGUUACUAAAUGGCUAAAACUUCCGUGGACACGAAGGGAAGUGUUACGAAUGGCAGUUAUGGACCCGAGGUUGCAAACCGAAAGAGAACGCCCUUUUGCUAUGUUUGAUAAAGCAAAGCAGCUCUGCAUCUCGUUCGCUGAACAAAGUGGAUUUAUUUUGAAUAGGCAAAAAGUUACGGUAGUGAACAUGGAAAACACCGCUGUGUACGGAAGGGACACAGGUGUUCUUCUUACACCAAAACUCAUCUUUUCGUCAGUUCUAACGCAUGAGAUGAUCCACAGCAUGAAUAUUGGCCAUUCAUAUAGCGAUCGGAAAAUACGUGUAUUUCCCUAUUCCUCGUAUGGGGAAUACGAUGACAAAUAUGACCUCAUGUCAACGGCAAACGCACAUAUGCGGUUGUCCACGUACGGUCUAGGAGGUCCAGGUUUGAACGGACCUCAUCUGGACUACCUUGGUUGGCUACCACAGAAUCGCAUCGUCUAUUUUGGGCGGGAUGGCCGUACCAACUACACCUUACGUCUUUCCUCACUAUCAGUACCUCAUCGUCUCACCAUUGGAUGGUUAUUGGUGAUGAUACCAUAUGAUCGUGAUGAUCCUGGGAAUGUCUAUACGAUCGAGUAUCGUACACCAGUUGGUAAUGAUGCGGGAAUUAGGCAGGGAGCCGUGGUGAUUCACAGAGUCCAACGUAUCGGUCUCUCAUACUACUCCACGCUAAUAACACAUGAGAAAGGCGAGUACAAUGAGCUGACAGCUGGUACCGAAUGGCUACAGUUUCUCAACAUAAAUAUUGACGGAGGUUUUCAGUACAUAAGGGUUAAGGUCGAACGGGUGCACGGUAAAUCUCACAGUGCUGAUCUCAAAAUUUCAACCACAUUUAGACCGGAAAUGUGUCGCGAUGCUGAAGUAAAAAUGCCAGUACAUGAAUCUCCAUUGUUGAUUGCGCAUGGUAUGAACACUGUGUGCAUUGAACGGAAUCGAACAGUAACUCAACGAGAUAUUGAUCGACAAUAUCUACGGGAUUUUUUCUUUGAAAUGAGGAAGACAUUUGGACAAAACGAAUGCAAGAACGGUCGCGUCUGGCGAGCUAUCGACGCUUACGAUUACAUCUGCGUUGAACCACAUCGGGUCGAUCAAGUCAUGGAUACCGUCUUAUCUAUGGAUGAAGAAGAAGACGGCUGUGAGGAGGAUUCCGUGCCCAGGAAUGCAUUCCAGGGAGACAAAGCAUGCGUGAGCGAAGAUGAACGUGCACUUAUACACAGAGAGAAUGCAGAAUCUCAUCGUCACCUAAGAAACUAUGCAUUCUUCAAUGGAGCUGAUUCUGUUGGACUAUAG